AAUAAACAAAUUUGAUAAGCAAUGAUGAUUAAGAAAUUACACGAAUUUAGAUAACAAAUUCAAUUAAUCGCUAAAAAAAUGAAUUAGAAAAUUUGCGAAAAACGCCAAUAAAAAUGCCGUAUAAAAUUUGUAUGGCUUCGGAUUUCUUCUAUCCGAAUAUGGGUGGAGUUGAAGAACACAUUUAUAAUUUAUCACAAUGUUUAAUCGCUAAUGGACAUAAGGUGAUUGUUCUCACCCAUAGCUAUGCGGAUCGUGUAGGCGUUCGAUACAUGACAAAUGGUUUAAAAGUUUAUUAUUUACCAAUAAAACCAUUCUAUCAACAAAGUGUUUUACCAACAAUGAUUGCAAGUUUACCAUUAAUUCGUUAUAUCUACAUUCGUGAAAAUAUUCAAAUUGUUCAUGGACAUUCAGCAUUCUCAGCGCUGGCGCACGAAGCAAUGCUUAUUGGAAGUUUGAUGGGAUUGAAGACUGUAUUUACCGAUCAUAGCCUGUUCGGUUUUGCUGACACAAGUGCAGUGCUAACAAAUAAAUUUUUAAAUAUCUGGCUAUCGAAUUGUAAUCAUUGUGUUUGUGUUUCACAUACUGGUAAAGAGAAUACAGUGUUACGUGCGAAAGUUCAAUCGAAUCGUGUAUCUGUGAUACCGAACGCUGUGGACACGGUCCUCUUCACGCCGGAUCCAAGUCAACGAUCUAGAUCAUGUAUAACAAUUGUAAUUGUAUCACGACUUGUCUAUCGUAAAGGUAUUGAUUUAAUGGCAAAUAUUAUUGCAGAAAUAUGUCCAAAAUAUCCAGAAGUGAAUUUUUUAAUUGCUGGCGAUGGACCCAAAAGAUGGUUGUUAGAAGAAGUGCGUGAACAAAAAGGUCUACAAGAUCGUGUCACAUUAUUAGGUAGCUUAGAACAUUCCCAAGUGGUUCAUGUAUUACGGAAAGGACAUAUUUUUUUAAAUACGUCGUUAACAGAAGCAUAUUGUAUGGCUAUUGUUGAAGCUGCUUCUUGUGGUUUGCAGGUAGUCUCAACACGGGUCGGUGGCAUUCCAGAAGUUUUGCCAUCAGAUUUAAUAUAUUUAUCAGAACCAAAUGUGCCAGAUUUAAUAAAAAGUUUAGAACAAGCGAUAAGCGAUUUUAAAGCUGGCAAUUUAGUAUGUCCAUUUUUAUGUAAUUCUCGUGUUAGUCAAUUAUAUAAUUGGGUUGAUGUUACAUUUCGUACAAAUGUUGUAUAUAAUAUGGUGGCGUCUGAUUCAACUAAAUCACUUGGGGAACAACUUGCUAGUUAUUUGCAGAGUGGUGUAUGGCCAUUUUUAUUAGUUGUAUCAUUAUGCUAUUUAAUAUUACAAUAUUUAAAUAUAUUUAUACCUGUUCAGUAUAUUGAUUUGGCUAAAGAUUAUCAAAUUGAUAAGAAAAUUAAUUAUAUCACAAAUACAGUAAGUAACAACAACAGUGGUGAUAUUAUUGGAAUUGCAGAUGGAUUAGAGCAACAUGGUACAAUCAUUAAUGGCAGUGGAGACAUAGCAAGCAAAAGUAAAAAUAAACAUCGUAAAUCGAGUAGUGUUUAUACAUUUUAA